AUUUUUACAUUUUUUUAUAAUUAUUUAGGCGAAUGCAAUGAAAAGUUUCUAAAAAGUUUAACAGAUAAACUUAGUGUUAUUAACGCUACGGACUAUUACGGACCUGUUGUUCACGUCUUCUUUAGCGAAGCGGUGUAUACGUGGAGGAUCCAUCCCACCUCUACCUGUCUUCCACUGAAUGGUCGAACGUCUCAGCGAUUACGUUCAAUGAACUCGAAGAUGAACCAUGUUCCGGUAACAACAAAACAACAGUCGCCGGCAAAUUUCCACCGCUUAAAUAAACAAUAAUAAGUGAAAUGUUAUAAAUUGAAAUUGCACCUGUUAUCAGUGUAGUGUGUGCUAGUGCUAAUGCUGGAAGGUGCGUUGGAACUUAAAAUAACAGUUAAUGCCAACGUGUUACUAGAACUCAACCAAAAGAAUUCCUCAGUGAGUAGUCGCGAUGGCCGCGAGUCAGCCGCAGAAACCCAAAAGUCUCAUAUGGGCCUACGUUUACUGGCUCUUCGGCGGUUUUUUUGGUUUGCAUCUCUUUUAUCUUGAGCGGGAUGCCCAUGCCUUCCUCACGUGGAGUACCUUCGGUGGCUACGGACUGGGAUGGCUGGCCGACAUCACCAAAAUCCCGAGGUACGUGCGGGAUUGCAACGACGACCCAAAAUACAUAGCGGAACUCGUCGAGCGUAUGAGGACCAACAAAAAGCCACCAUUUUCAACAAGCCGUUUCAUUUCUUCUGUGAUGGUGGGUUAUUUAUGGGGGCAACUAGUAGUAUUAGCAAUUCCUGCUGACGAAGUUGCAGGAAUAAACUGGAAUGUAUUUCAUUGGGCCAUUCCUUUAGCAGUAUCUUUAGGAGUAUGGAUCGUGGGAAAUAUUGGUAGAGAACAGGGCAAACCUUGGUUGACAAUGGCCGUGGCCUAUAUAUCUUACACAUCCAGAUGGUAUUUCAUGGACGAAAGCAUUUGGAUGCUGAUUGUGGUAUGCUGUCCCGCAUUGGCAUUCGAAACCUUUUCGAAAGAAUGGAGGAGAGCGCCGAGAAAGAAGCGUACCUUCUGUUCCCGAGUGGGCGUGUUAGUGGUUUGCGGAUUGUUGUAUUCCGGAUUGUGGUGUUCCUACUUAUAUUUCAACGGCAAAGUUACCGACUCAAAUGGGGACGAAAUUCCUGUCCACGAAGCUCUACAUCAUUUCUUCACGUCGCCUUGGUGGACGGAUCUUAAACAGUCUCUCUAUGACGUAUAUGUUUAUGCCCAGCAUCAUGGAUGGUACGAGAUUUGGAAACAGAUAAUAGAACUUUCGGAUCCGCAAGGUGAACAAAACGCCUACAAAAUUCUGGGCGUCGGUCCGUCAUCCAGCCAGUCUGAAAUCAAAUCUAAAUGGAAGGCGCUUAGUAGGGAGUUUCAUCCUGAUAAAGUGAAAGAUCCAGAGUUGCAGCAUGCUGCUCAAGAGAAAUUCAUGGAGAUACAACAAGCGUAUGAAAUUCUCUCCAAGAUCAAGAGCAAAAGGAGUAGGAAAAAUCAAAAAUCGAUUAAAGAUAGUGAACUAUGAGAACGAACAGUUUACCAAAUUGUAGUAUAUAGUGUAUGAUAGUUUUAUUUAUAGAUAUUUAAAAGGAUACAAUGCGUUACCAUGAUUAUGAUCUGUGUACAAACUGUUAGAUCGUCUUAAAGACUCUAAGACCACAUGAUGAUGUUGGGUGACGUAUUUAUAUGAAGAAAUUUUUGGACAUACAAUUUUACUAUAAUCUUACGAUAUCUAGUCCGUAAUAAUCGACGAUUAUAAUGACAGGAAUUAAGAAGUACUACAUUAUUUCUAUUUAAAAUUUUAUUACGAUUUAUUUUAGUGUUGGAUUCUGAUUUAAAAUUGCGUUUUAUUUGUUUUUUUAUAAUGUGAUUAAUUUGAAUAAAUUAUU